AUGCCUGGAGCCGUCGACAACACAUGGUCACCAUGGCCACAGCUCACUCUUGCCACAGCAAAGGGAGUGCAGACAGGAACCAAUGAAUACACCGAAGCUAUCUACUCCAGGUAUGGCGCCGAAGCUUUGAAGUCAAGCUGGGUUCAGGUUUGCAAGAGACUGGAAUCUAUCACGGAGAAUAUCGCUUCGCAAGGCAACUCUGUUAUUCCAGAGCUUGAUUUAGAAGACUUCCUCUCUGCCGACAUGGAGACAAAGCAUAAGCUAAAAGAUAUUGGAUGCUUCAUUGUGCGGCAUGUUGUUUCUGAAGAGCAGGCGACUGAUUGGUACAAUGAGCUGAAGGACUAUGUCAAAGACAACCAGGCUCAAAUCACAGGCAUGCCAGCCGAUACCCCUUUCAUGUUCGACGUCUACCACUCGCCAGUACAGCAAGCGGCUCGCUCGCACCCCAACAGCCUAGCGGUCCAACGAGCAAUCAAUGCUCUGUGGCACGACAAGAGUGAGAACCAGACCACUAUCCAAGAGCCACUCUCAUAUGCCGAUGGUUUCCGGAUUCGGCCUGAGAAUACCAUCUUCAACGCGCUACCUCCACACAUUGAUGGCGGCAGUCUCUCGCGCUGGGCAGAUGAUACUUAUCGUGAGGUAUACUCAGCCAUCUGGUCGGGUAAUCCCGACGCUUUCGAUCCUUACGACCUCUCGAUCCGCAAGGAUGCAAAGCCAGGCCUCUUUCCCGGCACUGCUUCUCAAGUUUUACGCGCCUUUCAAGGAUGGACUGCAUUGACGUCCGCAGGCGCCAACGAAGGCUCUCUCUUACUAUAUCCGGAUGUCAAGACCGCAAUGGCAUAUGUGAUUCUGCGACCCUUGUUUGACGCUCCCGAAGAUGAAUGCGAUAUCAUGGAUGCGACAAAGUGGACAUUGAAUGCUGAGCGAGGCUGGUUCCCGGGUACUUGGAGACAGCUGCCGCAAAUUGUCAGUCCGGCAUCACAUCCGCAUCUGAGACUUGGAAAGUGUUUGGUGAAUAUCCCGACCAUGCGACCGGCGGAUACGGUGUGGUGGCACGCCGAUAUGAUUCACGGUGUGGAUGUGCAACAUACCGGCGACCACGACUCGGCGGUCCUGUAUAUUGCCGCUGUUCCUACCACGGAGGCGAAUACAAGAUAUAUGCGUCAGCAAGUGGUCAACUUCAAGGCCGGCGUCCCGCCGGAAGAUUUUGCAAGGAAUGGCACGGACGAGACAAUCUUCAGAGGCUAUAAGGGUGAGGAGGGUAUCUUGAAUGGACAAGCUGGUAGAAAGGCUGCUGGUCUGUACCUUUGA